CUCUCUCGCUGUCUCUCUCCAGUAGAGCUGCCUCCAGUCUGCUAACCAGCGUCAUUCAGAGACAAUGAGCGACAAAGGUUUGACAGACGAGGCGGUGGCUGCAGCUUGUAAAGAUGGAGACUCGAUCACUAAGGAUUUCAUGAUGCAGCAAACUAUGCUGCGAGUCAAAGAUCCAAUUAAAUCCUUGGAUUUCUACACCAGAAUCCUCGGCAUGACGCUCCUGCAAAAGUUUGACUUCCCCCCCAUGCGUUUCUCGCUCUUCUUCUUGGGCUACGAGGACAAGAAGGAUAUUCCUACAGACAUGAAGGAGCAGACGGCCUGGACCUUCUCCAGAAGAGCCACCAUUGAGCUGACACAUAACUGGGGCUCUGAGUCUGACGAGAGUCUGUCUUAUCACAAUGGGAACUCUGAUCCACGUGGCUUUGGACACAUUGGAAUCGCAGUUCCUGACGUCGCUGCAGCCUGUAAGUUGUUUGAAGAACAAGGAGUCACGUUUGUCAAGAAGCCAGAUGAUGGUAAAAUGAAAGGCUUGGCCUUCAUUCAGGACCCUGACGGCUACUGGAUUGAGAUCCUGAGUCCAAACAACAUGGUGUCCAUUACCUCAUAAAAAGUGACAACAUGCUACCUGCUGCAGUGCGUGAGGGCCAGUCCUGCUGUGACUUCCCCAGGAGAGAGAACACUGGCACUGAGUGAUUAAUAAGCUACCUACAGCGCAGAGCCGAGGGGAAACGGAGCGGGAUCUGCUGCACAGUGAUGAUCAGUGUGCCUUUGCAUGGGCUGGACUAUUAUUGCGAGUUGAUGAGCAAACGGAUUAGUUAUUUUUAUGAAUCGCUACUACUUAGUGUAGCUGUUGAGUGCAUCUGCCAUCAGUUUGUAUGUGUUUUCAAAAUAAAUAAAGCAGUAUUACUGGGCAAUACGUGUGAAAGCCA